CCGGAGGGCAGCAAUGGCGACCCUAUGUUAGCUAAAUGACACACUUGUUUUAUAAUUUUUCCGGCCCUCUUUCCGGCUCCUUCAUCGUUGCACUGUUGAAACAGUUACUCAAGCCCAGAGUUAAGGCGUCACAAGAUAUACCCGCCGUCUUUCGUCUUAUCUAGGCGUCUUGUUGGUGAGCCAUGAGUUGAAGCCAAACCUUGUCACAGGAAACAACAAUGUACACACCUUGUUCUCCUACCUAUGUCCAGCAUCUAUGUAAAUGUAUGAUUGCAACGUAGCAUGAAUACAUGACAAUUGAUAACUAAACCAAAAUGGCCAAAAAGACUGAUAAAUCUUUCAACAUAGCUGUGGUCGGCCUCUCUGGUACUGAUAAAGAUAAAGGCGCUUUGGGAGUUGGGAAAUCCUGUCUCUGUAAUCGCUUUGUGAGUCCGCAUGCCGAUAGCUAUGCUACCAACCACAUCUCAAUUCUUAGUCAGACUGAUUUCAGUGGACGAGUAGUGAAUAAUGACCAUUUUCUUUAUUGGGGAGAAGUCUACAGACAGUGGGACGAUGAUGAGCUCACAUUCCAUAUCAUAGAACAAACAGAGUUUAUUGAUGAUACAUCUUUCCAGCCCCUGAGAGGAACCAACACUGCAGUUUACCAUAGGCGAUGUACUGGAAUAAGGCUUCAUUCUGCAGAAAAACUCAUGUAUAUUUGUAAAGAUCAGUUAGCAUUGGAACACGAGUACCCACAAAAGCAGCUUCCAGAUGGAAAGAUCAACAUUGAUGGAUUUCUAUGUGUCUUUGAUGUUAGUAAUGUCAGCAAUCGUACACUGGAUCAGCAAACAAAGUUUCUGGACUCUGUACUCAGCUCUAUUAGCAAGACUAAAAAACCUGUUGUUAUUGCCACUACAAAGUGUGAUGAGGGUUUCGAAAAUUACAGAAAAGAAGCAGAGAAGUAUGCAUCAAGCAAGAAAGUCCAGAUUGUGGAGACGUCUGCACACGAAAACGUCAAUGUUGACACGGCAUUCCUGCUACUGGCCCAGAACAUUGAUAAAAAGAUUCGUGUAAAGAAUACGCCGUACAGUGAGGCAUCAAAGCAUCAGAAACAACUCAUAGACUCAGUCACAGAGAAGUACAGUGCACUUUUAAAAAGUGCUGUUGAGGACUGCCACACACUGUGGAAAAUUACGAAAGAGAAAUUUGUAAAUAACAGAGACUACUUGAGAUACGUAGAUGUGUUGGGUGAAAAAUCUGCUCAUACUAUAUUCCGAAAACACAUAAGGUUGUUGAAAGACACUCAUCAAACUAAAAAACUUGUACAUUACUUAAACACAUUACCUAAGGCAUUUGAAGAACUUCUUCCAGAUUUGGAAACUAUAGAUGGAAGACCCUGGCAAGCUUGCCAUCAGAUAAUUCUUAAUCAUCCUAACUUUGACAAGUGGUUUGUGAAGUUAGGUGUUGAUGAGAACUGGAAGGAAAGUGACUUUAUACAUACUGAAGAUCCCAGAAUACCAUACGAUGUGCUCACCAGAAAUGAACAAGACACUGAAAUGAUAUUCAGGAACCAUAUCAAUAAGCUUAAUGCUGAGGAAAAGAAAUCCAGAAUGAGGCUUGAUUUCAAGAAGCUGCUAGAAAAAACGGGCACCAUUACACCGGGCAAGCCCUUCGAUGAUGUCAUUAUAUUCCUAAUGGGAGACGAAAGUUACAGGUUACUUGAUGAACAGGAUAAAAAGAAAAUCUAUCAUGCUCAUCAAAGAGAAUUGGCUGAAGGUGCUAAGGAAGACUUUAGGGAACUCCUGUUUGAGCAUUCUGAGUUGUUUGCUAAGCUGGACUCUAAUAAGAAUGUCUCAAAGGAAGACUUGAAAGAAAUACACGAGGCCCUGAAACGAGAACCAAGAUAUGCUGCUUUGAGUCUGGUUGAAAAUGACAGAGAUGUUCUCCUCCUUCGCCAUAUUGGUUUUGUCCACAACCCAAGAAGAGAAACCUGUCUUAGCGCCGACACGUGUAUGGAUAAUCUUGUAGAAAAAUGUUUUGAUGGGAAUGCACACAGGCCGUCAUCUUGGAACAGACAUUCUUCUUAUGUGGAACCGAAUAAUAAGCUGAACGUAGUCCUCUUAGGAGCAGACGGUUUAGCAGACGAGCUUGCAAAUGAGAUCAGGUCGCAGUCAUGUGAAGAAGACUAUACUUUAGAUGGCAGCAUCCAUAGUUUAGACCUUAAGACAAUAUUACAGUGUGCAUUUGUAGAUAUGCCAAAAGAUCCCCUGUGGCAUGGCAAACGAUUUCAUGAUGCGCAAAUAACACAGUCUUUCCGUGCUAUAAUAGCAACUAUUAGAAUACGAAGUGGUCUCAGCGGAGGAGAAAAUAACCGAGAAAUCAUGGAACCAGACAUCAAAAUUCAAUUAUGUAUGAUGUGUGGGGAUCCCUACCCAGCUGAUCUAGUCUUAGGUCCACUGGUCAACCACCAGUGCUGCUGGAUCAAUCCAGACAAAGCCCAAACCAUUGCAUUAGAUACAUUCCUCGGAUCAGAGAAAAGAAAAGUUGAAGUUAUGGCUGUAUCCUACCAUCAGGCAACAACACUGAAGCAAGACCUGCACCAUGGUUACAUCUUAGCUUACUCUGCCAAAAGAAAGGCCUCGUUUUCAAUGUUAAAAGCAUUUUCUCAGAAAGUGACCCAUGUUCCUAUCUUGAUUGUGGCAGUAACUGAUACUGACAUGUUUUUCUCGGACUCUGAUGCUCAGAAACUAGUGACUGAAGGGAAUAAAUGGGCAGAUGAACUCAAAGUGAAAUUCAUCACAGCAUCAGCAAAAUUUAGACAGCAAGCUGCUGUGUUUACAUCAUUCUUUAAAGAAUCAUUUGAUAAGAAAUCAAAUUCUGAAGCUCAUUUCCGAUUAAUACGCAGUCUAUCAAUAGAAAGUGUGAAUACAGGACCAGUAAUAAAUAUGCGGACACGGAAGCCAGAACCCUUGCCACCAGGAACACGACUUAGUUUGUAUAACAAAGCCUCUGACUAUUAUGAUGUGGUCACUCCACCACCAAAAUAUAACACGACUGGCAGACCCCCCAAAAAAUCUAAAGAUGCAAUUGAUCUGAUACAUAACACAAGCAUUCAAAGGCGACCACCACCACCAACACCGCCAAGCAAACCACCACGGAUAUCUGAGUCACCACAUGAAGGUUGGGUAUCUAACACUAUCUAUGAAAGUAUUGAUCCUAUUUCAACGAAAUCAGUUCCUCCUUGGCAACACAGGCCUCUACCACACUCUCUCCCACCUGGUGAUGGUCCAUAUCCCACUGAGGAUAUUGAAAUCCCUGCAUGUUUUAUCCCUUAUACGUACACUGUCAAUCAUGAUGAAAAACUACAGAGGAAGAAGAAGGGUAAAGAGGAGAAAGAGUUAGAAAAACAACGCAGGAGGGAGGAGAAGAGACAAAGAGAAGAAGAAAAGAAAAAGCAGAAAGAAGAAGAAAAACGAAAGAGAGAUGAAAGGAGGAAAAAGCAGUCGGUGCAAGCAGGGAAAGGAGGUGGCACUCCAUCAGUGUCUUAUAAUUACUUUGGAGAAAGUUUAGAGGAUAUAGUGACGGAUGAAGAGAGAGUGCCUUUGUUUGUUGUCAAGUGUGUUGAGUAUUUAGAAGAGCAAGGACUCACUGCAGAAGGCUUAUACAGAGUUCCUGGUAAAGCAAUUGAUAGUGACCUUAUUCUUCAGAAAUUUGAUGAAGACAACACAGUCAAUAUUGCUGAACUGAAUGUUGGUGUAAAUGCUGUAGCAACAGCCCUCAAGUUUUUUUUUAGUGAGCUACCUGAACCUGUCAUUCCUGUCAGUAUGCAAAGAGAUUUUCUUGAAGCAGUUGGUAGACAAGAUGAUACAAAGCUGACUGAAUUGAAGAGAUUAUUAGGAACAUUGCCACAUGCAAAUGCUGAUGUGUUUGGUUAUAUGAUGACUCAUUUAAAUAUGGUAACGCAGUACAGUCAGGAUAACUUAAUGAACUGUGAGAACUUAUCCGUAUGUUGGUGGCCAACCUUACUACAUCCUGAAUUCAAUUCUUUUGAAGCGAUGGCUCAGAACAUGAAAAUGAGAGAUAUUAUUGAACUCUUCAUUUCGAAAGCUAGGUAUUUUUUUGUGCCAGAAGAGACGUAGCUUGAAUGCAUAUAUAAUUAACAUAGUAAUUUCCUAGUCUACACCAGGACUAAGUUAGCAAGGUUCUUUCAGUGCAAAGUUUUAGUCAACGCUGUUUUUUUUUUUGUUUUUUUUUUACAAACUAAGUUUGGAUGG